UAUAAACAAGUGUGUCAAGCUUUUUAUUAUGAAAUAGUCUCUAAGAUCUAUUUAUGUGUCUUAGGAUAUUGGUGCUGGAAAAGGCAAAUACUAUGCUGUCAAUUUUCCAAUGAGAGAUGGUAUAGAUGAUGAAUCAUAUGGGCAGAUAUUUAAGCCUAUUAUCUCAAAAGUGAUGGAGAUGUAUCAGCCAAGUGCUGUGGUAUUACAGUGUGGUGCAGACUCAUUGUCUGGUGAUAGGCUUGGUUGCUUCAAUCUAACAGUCAAAGGUCAUGCUAAAUGUGUAGAAGUUGUAAAAACUUUUAACUUACCAUUACUGAUGCUUGGGGGAGGAGGAUACACAAUCCGCAACGUUGCCCGAUGCUGGACAUAUGAGACCGCAGUUGCCCUUGAUUGUGAGAUUCCCAAUGAGCUGCCAUAUAAUGAUUACUUUGAAUAUUUUGGACCCGACUUCAAACUGCAUAUUAGUCCUUCAAACAUGACAAACCAGAAUACUCCAGAAUAUAUGGAAAAGAUAAAACAGCGUUUAUUUGAAAAUUUGCGCAUGUUACCUCAUGCACCUGGUGUCCAGAUGCAAGCUAUUCCAGAAGAUGCUGUUCAUGAAGACAGUGGAGACGAAGAUGGAGAAGAUCCAGACAAGAGAAUUUCUAUUCGAGCAUCAGACAAGCGAAUAGCUUGUGAUGAAGAAUUCUCAGAUUCUGAGGAUGAAGGGGAAGGAGGGCGUAGAAAUGUGGCUGAUCAUAAGAAAGGAGCAAAGAAAGCUAGAAUUGAAGAAGACAAGAAGGAAACAGAGGACAAAAAAGCAGAUGUUAAGGAAGAAGAUAAAUCCAAGGACAAUAGUGGUGAAAAAACAGAUACCAAAGGAGCCAAAUCGGAACAACUCAGCAACCCUUGAAUUUGAGAGUCCCCCCAAUUUUAGGAAACCAUUUAAAAAGUGAGAAAAUACUGGGACAAAAAAAAAUGUUUUCUCUGAAGACUUCUGGCUUCAUUUUAUACUACUUUGGCAUGGACUGUAUUUAUUUUCAAAAUGGCUUUUUGUUUUGUUUUUGUUUUUCUUGGCAAGUUUUAUUGUGAGUUUUUCUAAUUAUGAAGCAAAAUUUCUUUUCUCCACCAUGCUUUAUGUGAUAGUAUUUAAAAUUGAUGUGAGUUAUUAUGUCAAAAACUGAUCUAUUAAAGAAGUAAUUGGCCUUUCUGAGCUGAUUUUUUCCAUCUUUUGUAAUUAUCUUUAUUAAAAAAUUGUACUUGGA